AUGUCCGAUACUCCCCAGAAGCCCCUCCCCUUCGUCUACCAGUUCGCCGCCGGUGCGGUGGCUGGUGUCUCAGAGAUCCUGGUCAUGUACCCUCUGGACGUGCUCAAGACUCGAAUUCAGCUUCAGACUGGACCCCCUGUUCCUGGUGUUGAUCACUACAAUGGCAUGUUCGACUGCUUCCGCAAGAUUGUUAAGAACGAAGGUGCCUCCCGUCUAUACCGUGGUAUCUCUGCGCCCAUCCUGAUGGAGGCACCAAAGCGUGCGACCAAGUUCGCUGCCAACGACAGCUGGGGCGCUUUCUACCGCAACCUGUUCGGUGUGGACAAGCAGACCCAAGGCCUGGCCACUUUGACUGGAGCCACAGCCGGAGCGACUGAAGCCUUCGUGGUGGUUCCGUUCGAGCUGGUGAAGAUCCGUCUGCAGGAUAAGGCCCAGGCCCACAAGUACAACGGCAUGUUCGACGUGGUGAAGAAGAUCGUGGCCACAGAAGGCCCGUUGGCAAUGUACAACGGCCUUGAGUCGACCAUGUGGCGCCACAUCCUGUGGAACGCAGGUUACUUCGGCUGUAUCUUCCAGGUCCGCGCACAGCUGCCUGCUGUCGAGCCCGGCAACAAGAACCAGCAGACACGCAACGACCUGAUCGCCGGUACCAUCGGUGGUAUCACAGGUACUAUCCUCAACACACCCAUGGACGUUGUCAAGUCCCGCAUCCAGAAUACCACCAAGGUUCCUGGUCAGGUCGCCAAGUACAACUGGGCCUGGCCUGCUCUCGGCACCGUGAUGAAGGAGGAGGGCUUCGCUGCCCUGUACAAGGGCUUUACGCCUAAGGUUCUGCGUCUCGGCCCUGGCGGUGGUAUCCUGCUUGUUGUUUACACUGGCGUCAUGGAUUUCUUCCGCAAGAUGCGCGACGGGGAAUAA